GUUCAGUCACAGCCACUGACCGCGUCGGACGUGUAUUUUGGAGGAGCCCUUUUGUGCGAAUUCUACGAGGGUUUCUCUUAGCUGUGUUUUUUGUGCAGAUUUUUUUUUGUUGUGCCGGACGGUAUUGAAGAUCAGACUCUCAUACCGGUUUCUGGGAGUUGGGCAGCUUCUUGUGCUUUGUGGAAGAGACGGAGUCUAUUUCUGUCGUGUUUGGUGUUGUUAUUUUUCGGUGUCGGUUCGCUGGAUCUAACUGGUCGUUUUUGGCAGGUUCAGCUGUGACGAUAAGAAACCGCUUAAUCGCAAGUGUGUCAACGCGUGAAUCAUAUGGAGAGGUGAUCUCACGAGGCCCGCUCUCUUCAUGCGAAUACGAGGAAUACUCAGUACUUGUGCAAGAACUGGCGCUUCUCGGUAACGUGCACAUUUAUCGAAAAGCGACCCGUUUGAAUGCUGAUAACGAUAGGUGUUAUCUUUAUGCUCCAGUGAGAUACGUCAGUGUGAAGGAAUUUGAAGAGGUGUUCGCGGCAGACGGACAAGUCGCGAGAAGAGGGAUACAUAUGGAACAACCUCAUCGUUGUGGAUAUUAACAGCAACAAUACGAGCGGUAGAGAACCGCCCAGCUCCAAUCAGUGUCGAUGAUGGAUGUGAGGAGCAGUGGUGGUGUUGUCGGCAACUUCAGUGUUAAGCUCUUCUUUUACUUUUUUGGAAUGGAGCAUCUCAGGUAGAUAGAGAGAGUGUUCUGCUUUAUAGCGUGAAUAAAAGAUGAAUAGAAAUGAGUGUGUGUGUUUAGUUUGGCAGCGUGUAGGAAGUGAGUACGUUUAUGAAUUCAAUUAAAUUUUGAGCAUUUGCUCUGGAAGCUACGUGAAAGCGGAGGAAGAUACCGCGAUACACGCCAAACAGUGGAUGUGGAGGAAUAACUGAAGUGGUUUGUCCCGUACGUGAGCCCCCUGGCCGAACAAAGGAUGCUGUUGGCUCUCCUAGUGUAAUUAAAACGUGAGAUGUUGUCUGUGAAAGCAACACUGGGCGGCGAUGACCAUCAUCAGCGUCCCCAGGUUAUCGUCAUUUGAGAAAAAAACCAAACGUUCUUCGUGUGUUCGUUCCGUUCGGCUUUAAUUAUAAAACAUAAUUCUUGUACCUCUGUGAGCCCCGGUAACGGCGGCUUGUACAAUUACGUUGCAUUUCUUCAGGGAACAUAAAACGUUCCCUGGAAACGGCUGUAGAGACAGCCCGAGACGAGACCGGUGAAGAGGUUCUCUUUGUACUUGCCCAUGUUCUACCGGUCGUCUUCACGCUCCCGUACCUGUCUGGUGGGGGCAUCCUUACGUAACGUAUGAUGCGGUGCAGUGCAUAUCUUAUCCGACUGGUUUAUGAUAUCUCUGGCGAAGAAGAAGAGUGCAUGGAAGCCCGUAAGUGUGAGUGAAACUAUAAAUUUUCGGGUAAAAAAGUGAAAGAACACGGCGAAACAAAAGACCUCGAUAACGACGCCCAGAGAAGAAGCAGACCAAGAUAAGCCAACGGAGAAACAUUUAAUUCCCAUUGAAGAAGCCAUAACAUAAAUAAAUAGUGGUGAUUAUUUUGAAAAACCGAGAUUAAUUAAAUGGCAAAUUCCAUCUGCUAUAAAGCGAAUGAAAAAACGUGAUUGUGUCUGUGAUUCGAAUACAUUCCCUUACAAAUAGUGUGGUAUUCAAUUGUUGUUUAGUCAAGUGCGUACAACGCUACUAUCGCAGUUCAAUAAUAAAUCACUAUCAAUUCAGCCCUCGCGGGUCACCGGUCUUCAACGACUCCCAAGUGAUAACACCGACCACGACUCCCCGAGCCCAGACUCAAUGUUAACGAGUUAAGAAAGCACACACUUACAACUUUAUACUGGAAAUGCCUAUCACGGCAACGAAGGCAGCCAUCAGCGCAGCGCCGCCAAGUGCACCAAGUGCAACGUCGUCGUCUAACGGUCAGGCAAGCUCGCGGUCUAGUUUUCAGUCGUCCGCAGACCAGACGGCCAUCGGUGCGAAAAAUGGUCCAAAUGGAACGGCUGGUGCUGUGGCUAGAGCAGCACCACUGACCAACGCCACCGCUGGAAUCGGAGGACUGCGUAACGGGCGACCUGGAAGUGGGCUGAGCCUCAGCGUACUAGAUUUGGCAGCGAUUCGUAAAAUUUUGGAGAACGAAACCGGCGGAGCACUCUGUCCGAGCUGCCAGAUGCCCUUCGAUAAGGGCAAGAAGCGAAAGCUGAUAGACACCUGCGGCCAUGAACGGUGCUACUCGUGCAUGUUCCGGAACGAAAUCUGCCCCAUCUGCCACCCGGCCGUGCACCAGGAUAGCGAUCAUGACAUUUUAUCUAACAAAGGUGGUUAUUUGAGCAGAAAGAUGCACGGAUACGACACCGGAAUUGGCAGCACCACGACGCUGCUCAGCCCGCUGGGGUCACCACAGCCCGUCUGCCGAUCACAGGCCAAACAAAGUGGACAUUUCUCGCCAACGUAUCAGGCACCAAGUGAUCUCAUGUCGUCGGACAUGUACAAGCUCAAGGACCGACCACCCCGGUGUCCGUCCGCCGGUGGCCGGUCGGAGUCGUCGUCGCACUACGCCAGCAUUUCGCCGGCGGUCGGGUUUGGCGGUGGUGGCGUCGGCGGCAUGAAACCCUCGCAGCGUAGCGGCCUCAACAGUAGCAGUGAAAUUUCCAGUGCUUGCGCGACUCCACCGCAGAACCGGCGGCGUCUGUUCAGCCCCAAGAACCUGCGCAGUCCGUUCGGAUAUCGGCGCGGGAAUUCCGCCGCCGAUAAUUCCACCACGUUAUCGGGUUUAGCGUCUCUAUUGAAUCCGGCCACCUAUCAUCGGGCGGCAGGAACCAGCAAUUUGCGAUCAUCGUCAGCAGCGUCAACGGCAGCGGCCACUUCGCCACCACCGUCAGCGGUCAGCAAGAGACAACGGAACGCUAAUGAUAACCAUAAAUUUCAUCGUCUUAGCUUAGGCACAUCAGCGUCGAUGGUUUUCGGCAAAAUUAAAUCCCUGUGGUCAGCGCAAUCGUCGACGGCCAACGCCGGACUGAAUCAAUUAGCAGACGACGAAGGCGGCAACGUGAAACCGAUGCUGCUGAACGGCAAAUCGAAAUCCUCCCAGGACGAGCUCCAGGUUCGGCUCGGGUUCUUCCUGGAGAACAACCCGCGCCGAAAUCUGCGCGCCCCGAUCCAGUCCUGCAGCUCGCUAACGUCCACCAACACCAGCCCGGUGUCGACGCUGACGGGCUCUUCCGAGGCGGACGUUUCGCGGGCACUGGCCCUGCAGGACCAACCCAACCAUCACCACCACCACUACAACACCGGCUGUGAUUCGAUCGGCUCGAUGAUGUCCGUGUCGAUAUCCGAGCAGAGCAACGCCUCGUCCAGUCCGCUGAGCAGGAGACACUCCGUGACCACGUCUCAAAACAGCAGUAAUGUGGAUGAUUUGGCGCUGUUCAAGUCGAGGAAAACGACGGUGCGGAGAUCGGCGCGAUCGGGACAAAUCCGAGGUCCGAUCGAUCCGAAGGUUCGGUUUGCGCAGUACCGUCAGCACCAGCAGCUAACGCUGAAGCCGUUGUUCUUCGAAGUACCUACCCAGGAGCCCGACCCGCUGUUUGUGGGCCGUCACUGGCUCGUCCGGGAACUGGCCAAUGCGGUUCAGUCGACGGAUUCGCCUGGGAUUUUGCUGAGCGGGAAUUUGGGCACGGGCAAGACCGCUCUCUUGCUUCAGCUUGUAGAAUACUCAUGUUUUGGACGACGCAAGGAGAUGCCGAUUCAGGAGAACGAUGGAAUCUACUGCCAGAUCAACGUGGCGCACGAUCGACUGCGGAAUCUUGCCUCGCACGUGGUUGCGUAUCACUUUUGUCAAGCGGACAACAACUCGACCUGCCUGAUACCAGAUUUCAUCCACUCGCUGGCGGCUCAGCUGUGCCAAGCGCCGCAACUUGCAGCGUACCAUGAGUUCUUGCUGGGCGAACAAGCUCUUCAGAACGUUCUUAGCGUAAAGGAAUGUAUUGCCGAUCCUGAACGGGCUAUGGUCAUGGGUAUUCUGGAACCGCUUUCGGCGCUGAGGAGGGUGGGUAAGAUACCGCCGAAGAAUUGUGUCAUUCUGAUUGAUGGACUGUGCGAAGCCGAGUAUCACCGACCCGAUCAUGGCGAUACGAUAGCGUCCUUCCUGCAGAAAAUGACGGAACAUUUCCCGUCGUGGCUCAAGGUGAUCGCCACGAUUCGCACCCAGAUGUUGGAGUUUACCAAAGGCUUAGCCUACACGAAAAUGAGCCUGGACAACUGGAACAGCAACGAAGCGCUACAGAAAGACAUCCUCGAGUAUAUCACAUUCCGUAUCAAUCAGAGUUCCAGCAUUCAGCACAACAUUGCCGGUGGAAAGGAGAUCAUCAACACGAGUCUGCACUUUAAGUUUGCCCAGCACUUGCUCGGCUUGACGAAGGGAUCGUUCCUGUACGCCAAGCUGGCCCUGGAUCUGAUCGAACGAGGCAGUUUGGUGAUAAAAUCGAGCAGUUUCAAAGUGCUCCCCGUUUCGCUAGCCCAGAUAUUCUUGCUCAAUUUCAACCUUCGAUUCCCGACGACGACCGCGUACGACAAAAUCUCCAGCAUUUUGAGCGUUUGCCUGGCGGCGCUCUACCCGCUAACGCUCACCGAAAUAUUCUACUCCAUCAACGCUCUGGUGGUGGAAGGCGAAGGUGGUGAACAUAUCGACUGGGAGGAGUUCGUGUGCCGGUUUAAGACGCUCACAGGAUUCCUGAUCAAACGCAUCGACAACACGUACAUGUUCUUCCAUCCGUCCUUCAGGGAAUGGUUGAUCCGCCGGGAUGACGGCGAAAGUACCAAGUUUUUGUGCGAUCUCAGAAACGGCCAUGCUGGCAUAGCCCUUCGACUGUCCCGCUUGCAGUCACCACUGGAUGCGGAACAGGCCCUGGAACUGGGCCAUCACAUCCUGAAGGCUCACCUGUACCGGGCAGCGCCUCAACAUCAAUCUCCCCGCGACCUGCAAGCGUUUUGGGUGUCGUCGGUGACCUCCUGCGUAUCGUCCGCUCUCUGCACGCUCCGAAACGUGUACAGUCCGAACAUCAAAGUGUCACGGCUGCUUCUCCUGGGCGGCGCAUCGCCGGAUCACGUGACCUGCUUCCUCGGCAGUGCAACGGUACUCUGCAUAGCUGCCCACGAGGGCAUUGUGCCGAUGGUCAGCCUGCUGCUGGAGUUUGGUGCCGACGUUGAGAAAACCAACAGCCAGGGAUGCACUCCACUGGUUCUGGCCUCGGCCAAGGGUCAUUGCGACGUCGUUCGGCAAUUGGUUGCGGCGGGAAGCGCCCUAGGUCAAACCGACACCUCGCAACGAUGUGCCCUCGUGCACGCGGCAAUCACUGGGAAGCUAAAGGUCGUCAAAUACCUGGUAGCGUGUGACUGGAACCCGAGGCCGGAUAGCAACGACGUUGGCUUGGAACAAGCAGCCCAACAGGCUCUGGUUGCAGCUGCUGGACAAGGAAACACCGAGAUCGUCGAGGACUUUUUGGACAUGGGCGAAGUGCAGGUCAACCGGUUGGACAUCAUCUCCGGUGAAACUGCGCUGACUACGGCCUGCGCCAACGGUCACACCGAAACAGUCACCAUCCUGCUAAGUCGAGGUGCGGCGACCGACGUAACGAACCGUAAGGAGCAGUCGCCGUUGCUGAUCACGGUGAAGGAAGGCCACUGGGCGAUAGUGGAACGAUUGCUGCAGAGUCAAACCGACGUCGAGCAAGCCGAUAGCAACGGGAAGACGGCGCUGAUGGUUGCCGCCGAAGAGGGCCACGUGGGAAUCAUCGAGCUGUUGCUCAAUCGUGGAGCUGACCUUGCCACGCAGGACAAAGAUGGCCUGACGGCUCUCAGUUGGGCGUGCCUCCGGGGCAAGCAGCAGGCCGCCAAAUGUCUUCUGGAAAGAAACGCCGACAAACAGCACGCGGACAGCACCGGUCGGACUCCGCUCGAUCUGGCCGCGUACCAGGGGUCUGCCGCACUGGUGCAGAUGCUGCUCGAUCACGGCUCCCAGAUCGAACACGUGGACAUCAACGGGAUGCGACCACUGGACCGUGCCAUCGCGUGUCGUAACGUCCAGGUGGUGCAAGUCUUCCUGAAGCGGGGAGCCAAACUGGGACCGGCCACGUGGGCGAUGGCAAACGGAAAGUCGGAAAUAAUGCUAAUUCUGCUGAACAAGCUGCUUGAGGACGGCAACACGCUGUAUCGAAAGAACCGUCUGCAAGAAGCUUCCCACCGGUAUCAGUACGCCCUGAAGAAGAUUCCCUCCAAUCCGGGCACGUCGAACGCAACCAGCACAACCGCCUCGGACGGACUCGUGCCGCCAACCGACAGCAACAACAACACUGCCAGCAACGCAACGUUCCAGCAACUCAAGUUUAACUUUUUGCUCAAUCUAUCUCGCUGUCGAAGGAAAAUGAGUGACGUUGCCGAGGCGAUAGAACUGGCCACGCAAGCGAUCGACAUCAAACCGAACGCCUACGACGGCUACUACGCCCGCUCCAAAGCCCUCGUGGAGUACGGAAACUACGGUGAAGCGCUGCGGGACGCCGGAGUGGCCCUCACCAAGUCGCACGCGACGUCGAUCGAAAUCCGCGAAACGCUCACCCGGCUGCACAGUGACCUGCAGAAGCGCCACAUGCUCGCCAUCGCCGAGGCCAACCAGCUGGCGCUUGACGGAGUGGCGGCUGCCGGCACAGAUUGCAGCACGCGGUCCAGCUCGGUGCACAGCAGCCGCUCGAUAGCCGAAUCGAUGGACAUCAUCACCGAUCUGUAGAUAGGUUUAAGAAGUACUUUUCUAGAGUUAACAUUAAUGAAAACGAAAAACGUAAAACCGAAAAAAGACUUAAGUAAACUAUCAUUCGCAAUGCAUUAAACGCCUUAGAGUUGUAGCUUCCCUUACUUAAUAAAUGAGUUUGAAAACAACUUGGGUUUCACUACUUCUUCACUGCACUUUAAGUGCACUACAAUACUAUCGUAACGAGUAAUUCCUUAUUUAAGCGAAGAAAAAAAAAGGUGUGCAACAUAUUUAGAGUAGCAUUUUUGUAAUAACUUAAU